AAGAAGAGGUGAUGGCGGUUCGACUGCGGGAGGCAGACAGCAUGGCCGCCAUGGCCGAACUCAGACAGAAGAUUGCAGAACUUGAAAUACAGAAGGAAGAGGGGCUGAUCAAGGGCCAGCUGAACCACUCAGACUCCAGGCAGUACAUCAGUCAGCUGCGGGACCAGAUCGCUGAGCUGAAGAACGAGAUCAGGACGCUGAGAGGACAGAAGGCGGCACCUGACGCCAGGAUCACCUGUGGAGGAGGAAGCCCCGCCUACCAGAACCUGUGCUUGGCCAGCCCCGCCUCCGCCGAGGGAGACUACCUGAGCUCGGACGAAGACCUGCUGAACAGCCCCCUGCCCGCCGCCGCCCUGUACCCCACGCUGACGGACCCCCGCCACCCGUCUCCCCGGUUAGACAGCGAGGGCAGCACGGACAGCGAGGCGGAGGAGCGGCUACAGACGCCUCCCGACCCGCAGCAGAUAUACGGCAGCAUGGUGUGCGCCGACGUCCUGGAUAACUGACCCCGCCCCCCCCAGGAGCCUCUAACUGCUACAGUGGAUUGUAUUAAUCAACCAAAUCCUCUUUGGCUUUUCCAGUCUUUCCCUUUUCCGUACCGCAGACAUGGGGGCGGGCUCUAUUCCUGACGCCGGCAGGGAG